AUGAAUUCUCAGUCCAACAUCGACCGUUUACUCCAGUCCUUGACGCUUGAUGAAAAGGUAUCGCUUCUUGCAGGCGGUUCUAUAUUCGGAACUGCUGGGAUUCCAGAAAAAGGUGUACCCUCUAUAAAACUUAUUGAUGGGCCGAAUGGCGUUCGAGGAGCUUCUGCAGACGGAAGUACUGCAGCAGCAUGUUUUCCCGCCGCAUGCAGUAUUGCAGCUACCUUUGACAUUGACUUAGCCCGGAAAAUUGGCCAUGCGCUUGCCGAGGAGGCUCUCAGUAAAAACGCACAUUGUAUACUGGGCCCCACCAUGUGCAUUCAUCGACAUCCGCUUGGGGGACGCAACUUUGAGAGUUUCAGUGAAGAUCCUUUUCUGUCUGGAAAACUUGCUUCUCAGACGAUUCAAGGGAUUCAGAGUCUCGAGGUUGGAGCCACGGUGAAACACUUUGUUGCCAACGAACAGGAAACCGCCCGAUUGACCGUGAACGAAAUCAUUUCGGAGCGUGCUCUACGUGAAAUCUACCUCCGCCCUUUCGAAAUAGCGAUCAAAGAGGCUCAGCCAUGGGCAGUAAUGACAGCAUAUAACCAGAUCAAUGGCACACACUGCGACUCGAACAGGUGGCUGUUAAACGAUGUUCUACGCGGAGAAUGGAAAUGGGAGGGUCUUGUAAUGAGUGAUUGGGGAGGUACUAAUUCAGUCAGUGCCAGUAUCAAGGCAGGACUGGACCUCGAGAUGCCUGGUCCACCACGUAUUCGCAAGGCGGAUAGAGUACUCGAAGCACUCCGGAAGAGAGACAUAAAUGAAGGCGACAUCAAUGAACGGGCCCGAGCGAUUCUCACGUUCAUUGAGAAGGCUAAAGUUUCCGAAAGGUCUGCUAUCCCACUCGGUCUGGCUAUCGACAAACCAGAGCAUCGUGCGUUGAUCAGGGAAGCCGGUGCACGUGGCAUUGUACUUCUUAAGAACGAGAGGUCGCUUCUGCCAAUUUCAAAGGAGAAAUUGAAGGGGAAGAAGAUUGCUAUGAUUGGUUUUGCAAAGGAUGCUUUGGCACAUGGAGGCGGUAGCGCCGCCGUAAAUGCGCAUUAUAAAAUCACCCCUUGGAAUGCUCUGCAAACGACACUCAGCCACGGUGUUCAAAUGACCUAUGCAAAAGGUGUUCAUAGAGAGCGCUUGCUGAAACCCAUUGAGAAGGACGGUGAUUGUGGCAAGAUUAUGGGGCUAGAUGGACAACCUGGAUUCACACGCCUAUACUUUGAAGAAGACAGUCCUGCUCCAACGUCCGUUUUACACGGCUUCGAACGCUCAGCAUAUUCACCCUUAGGCUCUCAAGAGUCCAUAUGGAAGCACAUUGAAAUAGUGGGUCAUUUCACCCCAAGAGAGACUGGAACGCAUUACAUCGCCUGUUCGGGCGUUGGGCCAACCAAAGUCCUUAUCGAUGGUAACGCUGUUUUUGAACAGGACACGAUCUGCUCUGAUCCUAUGGGAGCAUUCUUCGGUGCAGCCCAAGAACAGGAAAUCAAAGUGUUUAUGUCCGCCGAAAAAUCAUAUUACAUACAAGUGAUAAGCAGUCCACCGCGGAAUGUUGGAGUUGGGAUCCUAGAAGGUCGUACUGGUGUACGCAUGGGAUUUGCUCUCGAGUCUGAACAUGACGCAGACUUGAUAGGAGAUGCAGUCCGCAUAGCAAAAGAGGCUGACCUCGCCAUCGUUUUCACAGGCCAUGAUCCGCAAUGGGAAACUGAGGGUCUGGAUCAAGAAUCUUUCCAUCUCCCCUGCAAAGGUAGCCAGGACGCGCUGGUGUCUGCGGUCGCUCGUGCCAACCAGGACACUAUUGUGGUAAAUUCAACCGGAGUCGCCGUGGCCAUGCCAUGGAUCAAUGACGUUGCGGCUGUGCUGCAAGCAUGGUUUCCAGGGCAGGAGUGUGGCAAUGCCAUCGUUGAUGUGCUUACUGGCAAAAUUAACCCAGAAGGUCACCUGCCUGUCAGCUUCCCACGAAAACUGGAAGAUGCUCCAGCACACGGAAACUUUCCUGGAGAAUAUAUCGACAACCGCCUACAUGUCAAGUACGCUGAGGGUAUAUUUGUCGGUUACCGACAUUUCGAUCGUAUGGCACCAGACAGCAUCAAUUUCCCUUUUGGACAUGGACUAUCCUAUACGACAUUCGAUUUCCCCGAGAUGGCAGUGAAGAAUCAGACCGAGAAUGCCUUUGAUGUAUUAGUAGACGUCAAGAAUACAGGAGCAGUGGCUGGUGCUACAAUUUUACAAAUUUAUGUUGGAAGAAGCAAAACAGCACAGGAGCAUCCAAUCAAAUCUUUGGUCGCAUUUAGCAGAGUUUACUUGCAUCCUGGAGAAACCAAAACAGUACAAUUAUCUGUUUCAAUAAGGGAAAUUGCGUACUUUAGUGAGGAUCUUCAACAAUGGAUCAUCGACGGCGGAGACUAUGAUGUCUCACUUGGAAGAUCGGCCGUAGAUAUUGCGCAAGUUCGGGUUCUGUACAUAAUGCAAACGAGUUAUGCUCGUUCAUCAUAG